ACCCGUAGAGCCCACGCUAGCACCGAUCACGCCUAGUCCAAUGACAGUUGACCCGACGCCAGCGCCAGUGGUGUCGACACUGGCACCCGUGACGGCAAACCCAACUUCGGCACCGACUUCGACAACGCAGGCCUCCGUUCCUGUCGACCCAACGCCGGUACCAACGCCGACAGCGUUGACGCCAUUAUCAGGAAGCCCGAGUACAACGAGACCGCCUUCAUUAGCUCCAACGACUGCACCCGCUGUGGCAACAGUAAACCCCACGACAACAAGCCAACCAGCUGGGCCUGCCUUGACGACGGCAACGGUACCAACUUCAACACCAACAGCAACAUCAGUAUCAACGGCACCUGUGUGGACACCAAGCAUCCCGGCAACCAUGCCGGUUGACACAACGGUUCCACCAACGACACGUAGCCCAGUGACAGUACCUGCCGAAACUACAUCGACGCCAGCCACAAAUCGACCAGGAGUAACUACAAUUAUGCCCACGACGUCAACGGCACCGGUUGCUUCUACAACUGAGCCGACUUCGACAACGGUAUCCCCAACAAGCGGACCUGGUGCGCCAACAGUCGCGCCCACGCCAGGCGACACGUCGUCGACGUCGCCAGUGCCGACCACAGCGAUGACUAUGGUGGCUACAACGGUACCAGCUGCAACGACACCGGCGUCGUCCACAGAGCCAUCAACAACCACGUCUUCUCCGGAGCCUAGUAGCUCUCCAUCGGUGCCUUUAACACCCGAUGUAUCAGCAGCACCGUCGACGACUCUUGCGCCGACGGCCCGCCCAAGCGUGGUGCUUCCAGCUCCGACGGUUGCCACGGGACCGACUCCCAUGCCUGCGUUCAACUUCAAGCAAACCAGUGCACCAGCUCCGUCGCAGCAGCCGUUGCAGAAAGGCCUUAGUCCCGCGCCAGAGAUGAAGCGCUUCAACGAGACGGCGGCAUCACCACUGCCGUCUGCCGUCGUGCCGCAAAUUCACGACCAAGUUGUCGGCUCGGAAGGCGGCAACGAGUCCUUUAGCUACGCGCUGAUCGAAACAGCGCCAGGGCUCGUCGAUACACUGCAGUUCCUUGCGUCCGAGAACGCGCAGCUCAUCGUGGGUGCCGCCGUCACGUCGUCGCUGCUCACGAGCGUCAUCUCGAUGGUGCUGAGCUCGACACUGCCGACCGUCACACACUCGCUCUCUGUCGUCUCGUCGACCGCCACGGCGGUGGGCCCACCGGGUGAUGUCGUGUCCUUUUGGGUCCUCAUCGACUACCUCCAGUUCUUGGCGUCGUCGGGGCACAUGGAGAUGCCGUCGGCGCCACCGUUCUACCACGACUUUACCGACUCGCUCGCGUGGACGGUCUUGAACGUACCGCCGUCGUGGUCGGGGAACGCGUCAGGUCCGACGCCACUCUCAGCGAACGCGCUCUCGAUCGCCCAAGGCGACAUCAUAGCCGGUGUCCUCUCGUACGCCCAGCGUUUGCACAUCGACCCGGAAGCGCUCUUCCAAGCGACGGUCAUCGGCUUUGCCAGCGUCGUUGGCGUCGUCGUCGUUGUCGUCAGCAGUCUUUACGGCCUUGUGCGCCUCCUCUUUGGCCAGCGUCUACGUAACGUCAAGAAGAAGCUCGCGUCCGAGUUGCCACAGGACCGGCUCUUCUUGCGGCUGCUACUUCAGGCUGCGCUCGGGAUCGCGCUCAUGAGCGAGUACGCGCUUUCCAUGACGUCGUCGUUCCAGCUGCGCUUCGCCGACAGCAGCGGGCUCUGCUUUGCGACGCUCUCGCUCUCGCUUCUCUGCUGCGGCCUCCUCGUCCUCGGCGUGUGCAUGCUCCACGGCAAAUCCGCGGCCGACCUCGCCGAGCCCGGCUUCAAGUUUACGUGGGGCGGCUACUACAAGACGUAUACGUUCGAACAGCGGUACUUUUUCGUCGCCAAGAUGGGCGCCGAGGUGCUCAGCGGCAUUGUGAUUGGCGCCGUCAGCAACGUGCCGACGCAGCUCACGCUUCUGCUCUCGCUGCAGUUUGGCAUGUUCCUCUACAUGACGCACUGCAGUCCGUACCUCCUCGAUUUUCAGAACGUCUGCGCGUCGAUCGCGUUCGUCAUGAAGAUGGCCACAUACGCGCUCCUGAGCUCGUUCGUCAUCGCCGACGUCGACCACAGCGUGCAAACCGUCGUCGGCACGUGUGCGCUCGUGCUGCAGAUCGCGCUCCUCCUCCUCUUCAACUCGCGCCAGCUCUACAUCUUGGCCAAGCAGGCCGUGUGCAUUUGGCACCGGCUCAAGAAGGCGCGCCGCGUCAAGCGUGAGGCACAGGAGGACGUCGUCGUGGCGUCAGCCCUCGAUCGCGACUCGUUCGCGCAAGUGCUCGCGCAGAGCCACCACCCGUCGGCGUAGCCUCGUCAACCGUCUUUUUCUUCUUAACAUAUCGCGUCCAUCACGCAUUCGAUGAG